AGCUUGGGAACGGUUGCUAGGGGUGGGUAAAGGGUGAAAAAAGGGGGUUACCGGGGAGCGGAUAAGGAGGGCUAAGGGAGGGGGCGAGGGUGGGGAGCAAUGCAAGAGGUAAGGCUAGGUUACCGCGGCUCGGCCCGGAGUGGGCUGCGGCCGGGGGAGGGGCGAGAGAUACAUAUGUAUUUCUGUCUCCCCAGCACACCCCCUUCCCUCUAAGCGAUGGCUGAGAGGCGGUGCAUGCAGAUGGGGAGUAAGUUUCCUGAAGGGGAGGGUGGAUGCACGCGCGCAGCCCGGCGCUGCAAAUUUCCACCCGGGAGGGAGAGUGGCUGGAUGCGGAGAGUUUGGAGUUGCUUGCGGUGGAGGGCAGGAAGGGGAGCAGGGCUGGGAAAGGGGGCUGGCGGGCGCUAUAUCUGGGAGUAAGUUUCCAGGAUCGGGAGAGCCUGCACGCUUGCUCACUACUCUGCUCGCCCCCAUCUCACCCCCCAAAACGGAGACUGGUCUUCUUGUUGGAUUGCCCAUGCACUUGUUGCAGAAACAGCCAAGGCCCUGGCUGUGGAGGAUGCUAAAGGAAGAAGACACAGAAGCAGGACGACCCUGAAAGAUUCAGCCUCUUAAUCUCGAAACAGAACCAGGUCUCCUCUUCCCACCUGUCCAGCAGCAUGAAAGCAGCAUGACUGGCCCGCCACAGGAGAAGCCCCAAGAGCCAGGCCCCCAACUCAGCCAUCCACUGUGGAGCUCAAGGUCCUAGAUAGUGUUGGGCUUUCAAUAGCAGAGUCCCAGAAGAACGGAUAAAUUAAUCAAUGAGCAAAACAAUGAAUUAACAAAUCAAUGAACUAAUGAGCCAUUGAACAAUGGCAUGAAAGUAAAAGACUUCCAUCUCAAGUGAGAGCCAACAUCUGCAGGGUGUGAGCGGCCUCUCCUCACAACAGUGGUGUUUGGUCUAUACCUUAGCCUGGGUGAGGAUGUAAAACCCCCCACUCUGCACAUGGUUGGUACAGGCCAACAGGAACACCUGGCUCCAGCCACGUUCACAGACAUGUCAGCCGUGGAAUAGCGCAGACGCUUUCUCUCAGCUUCUCAGGGUCUCAGUCCUUUUGAGUUUGUUUCAUUUACCUUUUUGUAUGGUUUUGUGGCUGGACAUUGACAACUAAGGCAGACACCAUGGGGGAUCAGCAACUGUACAAGACCAACCACGUGGCCCACGGUGGUGAAAACCUUUUCUACCAACAGCCACCACUUGGCGUCCACAGUGGGCUGAACCACAACUAUGGGAAUACAGUCACAGGGGGUGGAAUGGAUGCCCCUCAGGUCUCGCCCAUCUCCCCCCACUUCCCUCAAGACACACGGGAUGGUCUGGGCUUGCCUGUAGGCUCCAAAAACCUUGGCCAAAUGGAUACCUCGAGGCAGGGAGCGUGGGGAGGCCAUGCAGGGCCUGGAAAUCAUGUCCAGCUGCGUGGCAACCUGGCCAACUCAAAUAUGAUGUGGGGAGCACCAGCCCAGUCUGAGCCCACUGAUGGCUACCAAUAUACCUAUUCCCAGGCCAGUGAGAUCCGGACCCAGAAGCUUACCAGCGGUGUCUUACACAAGCUGGACUCUUUCACCCAGGUGUUUGCCAACCAAAACCUGCGUAUUCAGGUCAACAAUAUGGCCCAGGUGCUGCACACCCAGUCAGCAGUGAUGGAUGGAGGCCCUGACAGUGCCCUCCGCCAGCUGCUGUCUCAGAAGCCCAUGGAGCCCCCGGCCCCGGCUAUAACUUCUCGCUACCAGCAGGUGGCCCAGCAGCCUCACCCUGGCUUCACUGGUGGGCUGUCCAAGCCAGCUCUUCAGGUCGGGCAGCACCCUACCCAAGGGCACCUGUAUUAUGACUACCAGCAGCCACUGGCUCAGGUGCCAGGGCAGGGAGGACAGUCACUGCAGGCCCCACAGAUGCUGUCACAGCAUAUGCAACAGAUGCAGCAGCACCAGUAUUACCCACAGCAGCAGCAGCAAGGUGGGCCGCAGCGUCUCUCCAUGCAAGAAAUGCAGCCGCAGCCACAGCAGAUUCGCCCAGCACAGCCUCAGCAGCAGCAGCAGCAGCUCCAGCUGCAGCAGCGGCAGGGUUCAAUGCAGAUACCUCAGUAUUAUCAGUCCCAACCCAUGAUGCAGCACUUGCAAGAGCAGCAGCAGCCACAGAUGCACCUGCAGCCCCCUUCUUAUCACAGGGACCCGCACCAGUAUACCCCGGAGCAGGCACACGCUGUGCAGCUGAUUCAGCUGGGCUCCAUGCCCCAGUACUACUACCAAGAGCCCCAGCAGUCCUACAGCCACCCCCUCUACCAACAGAGCCACCUGCCCCAGCACCAGCAGCGUGACGAUAGUCAGCUAAAGACUUAUCCCAGCGACAGGCAGGCCCAGGCUAUGCCGAGCUCUCACGGGGACCUGGGGCCUCCUGACACGGGAAUGGGAGACUCAACAAGCUCGGACCUGACCCGGGUCAGCAGUGCCCUCCCUCAUCGACCACUCCUGUCCCCCAGUGGAGUCCACGUCAACAACAUGGGGCCUCAGCAUCAGCAGCUGUCUCCCAGUGCCAUGUGGCCCCAGAUGCACCUACCUGAUGGGAGAGCCCAGCCAGGGUCCCCUGAGUCAAGUGGCCAAGCCAAAGGAGUAUUUGGGGAGCAGUUUGAUGCCAAGAACAAGCUGACAUGCUCCAUCUGCCUGAAGGAGUUCAAGAACCUGCCUGCCCUGAAUGGCCACAUGCGGUCCCACGGGGGCAUGAGGGCCUCCCCCAGCCUCAAACAGGAGGAAGGAGAGAAGGUCCCGCCGCCUCCGCCCCAGCCGCCACUGCCGCCUCCACCCCAGCCGCCACCGCAGCUCCCUCCUGAGGCAGAAAGCCUCACACCUAUGGUCAUGCCCGUGUCUGUCCCUGUCAAGCUUCUCCCACCCAAGCCCAGCUCUCAGGGCUUCACCAACAGCACCGUUGCCGCCCCCUCCGCCAGAGACAAGCCAGCCAGCUCGAUGUCGGACGACGAGAUGCCUGUGCUCGUGAGGAUGACCCUCUCUCCCCCACACUCACCCCAAGGGGCUGCCCCCCGCACGCCUGCUGAAAUCCCUAGAAAGCAUCCGCCCGGCCCACCCAAAGCCGAGGAGUCCCUGAAGACGGUGCAGGAGAAGAAAAAGUUCCGGCACCGGCCGGAGCCGCUCUUCAUCCCGCCGCCGCCCUCCUACAACCCGGUCCCGGCGGCCUCCUACUCGGGCGCCACCCUCUACCAGAGCCAGCUGCGCUCACCGCGCGUCCUGGGGGACCACCUGCUCCUUGACCCCACCCACGAGCUGCCCCCCUACACGCCCCCGCCCAUGCUGAGCCCGGUGCGCCAGGGCUCGGGGCUCUUCAGCAAUGUCCUCAUCUCCGGGCAUGGCCCCGGCGCCCACCCCCAGCUGCCCCUGACGCCCCUGACGCCCACGCCGCGGGUGCUGCUGUGCCGCUCCAACAGCAUUGAUGGCAGCAAUGUGACAGUCACCCCAGGGCCUGGAGAACAGACUGUGGAUGUUGAACCACGCAUCAACAUUGGCUUGAGAUUCCAAGCAGAGAUCCCAGAACUCCAAGAUGUCUCUGCUCUGGCCCAGGACACCCACAAGGCCACAUUAGUAUGGAAGCCCUGGCCAGAGCUGGAAAACCAUGACCUCCAGCAAAGAGUGGAGAAUCUUCUGAAUUUGUGCUGUUCGAGUGCAUUGCCAGGCGGAGGGACCAAUUCUGAAUUUGCUUUGCAUUCUCUGUUCGAGGCCAAAGGUGAUGUGAUGGCUGCUCUGGAAAUGCUGCUGCUUCGGAAGCCAGUCAGGUUAAAAUGUCAUCCUUUAGCAAAUUACCACUAUGCCGGUUCGGACAAGUGGACCUCCCUAGAAAGAAAACUGUUUAAUAAAGCACUAGCCACUUACAGCAAAGACUUUAUUUUUGUACAGAAGAUGGUGAAGUCAAAGACGGUGGCUCAGUGCGUGGAGUACUACUACACGUGGAAAAAAAUAAUGCGGCUAGGGCGGAAGCACCGCACACGCCUGGCGGAGAUCAUUGAUGAUUGCGUGACAAGUGAAGAAGAAGAAGAAUUAGAGGAGGAAGAGGAGGACUUGGAAGAAGAUAGGAAAUCCACAAAAGAAGAGGAGAGUGAGGUGCCGAAGUCCCCGGAGCCACCGCCAGUCCCCGUCCUAGCUCCCACAGAGGGGCCACCCCUGCAGGCCCUCGGCCAGCCCUCCGGCUCCUUCAUCUGUGAAAUGCCCAACUGUGGGGCUGACUGUAGAUGUCAUGUCACUCCCUUUCUUCCCCAGGUGUUCAGCUCCCGACAGGCACUAAACGGCCAUGCCCGCAUCCACGGGGGCACCAACCAGGUGACCAAAGCCCGAGGUGCCAUCCCCUCUGGGAAACAGAAGCCUGGCGGGGCCCAGAGUGGGUACUGCUCAGUGAAGAGCUCGCCCUCUCACAGCACCACCAGUGGCGAGACAGACCCCACCACCAUCUUCCCCUGCAAGGAGUGUGGCAAGGUCUUCUUCAAGAUCAAAAGCCGAAACGCGCACAUGAAAACUCACAGGCAGCAGGAGGAGCAGCAGAGGCAAAAGGCUCAGAAGGCGGCUUUUGCAGCUGAAAUGGCAGCUACGAUCGAGAGGACUACGGGGCCAGUGGGCACACCAGGGCUGCUGCCCCUGGACCAGCUGAGUCUGAUCAAACCCAUCAAGGACGUGGACAUCCUCGAUGACGACGUUGUCCAGCAGUUAGGAGGCGUCAUGGAAGAAGCCGAGGUCGUGGACACUGAUCUUCUCUUGGACGAUCAAGAUUCAGUUUUGCUUCAGGGUGAUGCGGAACUAUAAAGCCCUGCUUGUCACUUAGAGACAGUGAAAACCCAUGGCCUCUGUCUUCAUCGAUCAGGAAACCUGGACUGCCUGCUUGUUUUGUAACCCUUUUAAACUACCUGUUUAAAAAGUGGUCAUUUUAUUCAGGUUUAGAAAAAAAAAUCCCUCUUCUGUUCCUUUUAUUUAAAGAAAAAUUGUUUUUGUGGGGGUUUGGGGGGAAUAAAUAAUUGGCACAAUGAUCUUUAAGAGGUGUUUGGUCUGGGCUGCAUCUUCACAAAAAUCAUCCCCGGCAGGGACUAACUUGACGUUCACGUUCCAUUGCUUUUAGAAGUCAACCAGCCUGGUUGACUGGUUAUCCCAGAGUUUGCUGUGACUGUGUAUGAAGCAGGCUGCCCUCUUCGUGCUGGGGCCUUGGGCCCUCUUUUCCCACCAAGAGUUAUUUUUAUUCUGUUCUGACCUCAUUCUGUUCUUUGCAGUGAGCUUGGCAUCUUUGCCAGGAAGCUCUCUGCUAAAGGGUAGCUUUCCGGGGAGCAGAGCAAGCCUGGUGUGUCAUGGCUAUCCUCUAGCACAUACAUCAUUGUGAGGGGCUGACCAAGCGUGAAGAUAGGUUUCCCCUGCGUUCCCUGUCACUCCUUGGUCGGUCUGCAGGCGUGGAGUACUGUAUAAUUUAGCCUUUCACUCCUGGCAGUGGUUUACUAAGAACCUGGUUAAUAGAGUAGGCUGGUCCUCUUGCAUGUCCCCUGGGGACUAAUCAACUCUGAGUAGUGAGUGGCAGAGCUAUCUUUCAGCAUGAACUGACUAGAGACCUAUCUGGAGGUAAAGACCCCAAUUAUUAAGUUGCCGGGAGGACUGCUUUCAAGUUAGAGUGGUUGAAGGGUUCACACUGACAUACCUGGAAUGCCAGGAAAUGUUCUUUUGCCCCCCAAAAUUGAUCAGAAGAGUCUGUUCUUUUUUGCAACACCAUUAAUGGUCAGCGGAGUUCUAAAUUACUUUGUGCCACUUGAAAGUACUGUGAAACCUCUUUCACUUGGAUUUUACUGUAAUUCACAUCUGCUGGACUAAAGUUUACCUUGACACUAGCUAUGAGAAACAGAGUUUUCUAACACAUACAAUAGCACACACAAGGGAAAUAGCAUCAAAAACCAAUAAAAAAGAUGUCGGGUACAUUUCAACUACAAUAUUUGCUUUCAGAGAAGAAUGCAUCAUUGCAAGUCACUUACCAAAGCAUUUCUAGACUUAUGCAUACUACAUGACUUAGCUCUGCCUCCCCGUGUCCCUGUCAGCAGGGUUGCUGUUUGUACUUGAAGGUAAUAAACCUGUAAUCCUUCAAAAAUGUCAUUUAGCCUAGACUUCUGAGCUGAGUCAGACUGACCCAUCCCACGGUUUGGGCGAAAGUUAGACUGGGACACUCCCCAGCACAGGGAGGACCCUGCAUGUGGCGUCCCCAUCAGUGUUAAUGCCAUAUGACUUCCAUUGCAGGUGUCAUAGGCCUCAGGCCGCCCCAGGUAUGCUGGUUCUCAGCUUCAUGUAAGUGUGGCUGUUAGACUGGGCCACUUUCCUGGCACAUUAGUAGCAUGACAUUAGAAUAUCAGUGGAAGCGUGAGGGUUGGACCCAGGCAUCUUUUAAGUUUGAUUCUGCAGAAGCAUGUAGCACACACUCACGGGGGCCAGCUGUGCCCACAGCAGUCCCACACAGGCAGUGGGCUCUGAAUCUCAGGAAAGCCAUGGACAGAAAAAAAAUACAAAGAUUAUUUUCAUUCCCAUCAUUCUGUUUUCAGAGAAGAGGUCUAAGAGGUUUCCUUCAAUCUUUUGUUCAGAGGAAAAAAAGUUGUACUUGCUGCGGUUUCAGAAAGGGUAUUCCAUCCUACGUUUAACUAAGCAGUUUUCAGUUAAGAACUGCCUGGGCAUUGUACAUCCACUUUGGGGCAGAACCAUUACAGGACCAUUGCCACUGUCGUGUCACUGGCUGAUUGCCUGUCCCUGUCACUGCUUCUCUUCACUUAACCAGUGUCUAAGGGGUAGAAUGGAACGGUUCUGCUGUUGGGUCUAUGGAAGCUUAUCUAUCAAAAGAGCAAACAUCCAGAAAAUGUUUAUAAAGCAAAUGUAAUCCUUCUAUUUGAAGACUCGCCCAGCCGUUCCAGUUUUAAACAUUAAAAACAAACUGAGUUGCCAUGGCAAAAAUAUAAUGCACAAUUUACUUUUAAUUUUCCAUGCAGUAUAGCUUAAGAACUUUUGACUUGAAAUAACCAAAGAACUCCUCCUUAACGAGACAGUUCAAAUUUCUGAAUUAGUAUUUCUUGACUAUCAACUUAAAGAAUUGACUUCCUAGAAAAAUAUUGCACUUAAUUAUUUUUCUGAAAUGAUUCUGCCUGCAUGUCUGUGUUGUGUUUUAGCUUUCCCCAAGCCAAUCCCACCCUGAAGAACUUUUCCCAAUGAUUAAUGUCUUCAACACGGUUACUGUUUACUAUCAGAUGGUUUUUCAUUAGUGAAUUUAGACUUCUUUGAGAAAGCUUGUAUAUAAAAAGUUAACAGAUAUAUUUUAUGGAAAAACCCAUCUUAUUUUCAAAUAUAUUUAACUGCUGUUAUAUUUUAUUAGAGGAAGGUUGUAAAUAUUUUCUAGGAGUUCUAUUGUAAAGAAAAGUAUUUUUGAAAAAAAUUAAUGUAAUAAAAAUGAAAACAUUUUUAAA